AUGAGUAACAGUAGUUGGAACACAGACGAUCGAUGGCAAGACUCGAACUCUUCUACCUCUGGCUCAGGUUUUGACUCAUCGUCAACAAAUGGCCUUGAAUGGCCUGUUCUUCCGACAAUUCCAUCUGGAAGUAUCGAUAUUGGUGCCAUUGCGCCAGUCUUUGGUGUGUCUACAUAUGAUGAUGAUGCCGACUAUUUGGAUUAUGAUAAAGCCGGUCGUCCUUUCAUGGAGCAAAUGAGUGGAUCGUGUGGUACUGCGUAUUUCUCAGGUAUCAUUGGUGGUGGCGCUUAUGGAGCGGUGAGAGGUUUCACGCGUUCGCCUAGCACGAAAUUCAAAAUCCGGAUGAAUUCGAUUAUGAAUGGAGCUGCUACACGUGGAUCAAAGGCUGGAAAUGCGCUUGGAUGUCUAGCAAUGAUUUAUAAAGCAUUUGAAUAUGUUGCGGACUCGGCAGAGAUUGAGAAUAUUGUAAAAUUUGAUCAAGUGACACCAAUCUUAGCAUCUGCAGCCACAGGAGUAUUUUACAAGUCAACAGCUGGUCCGAAGACCAUGAUUUUGGCAGGUGCUAUUGGUGCUGGACUCAUGACAGUCGUUCAAUUUGGUAUCAAGCCAUUUUAUCCACGAUUAUAA